GAUUGCGCCUGCGUGGGCGCUGGUGGUAAGAUGGCGGCUGUUGGUGAUGGAGCGGGGUCGACCGGGUCGGCGCUGCAGGGGUUAAUCCGGCAGUUCACAGCCAUUACAGGUGCCAGUGAAAGUGUUGGGAAGCACAUAUUAGAAGCAUGCGGCAACAAUCUGGAGAUGGCUGUCACAAUGUACUUGGAUGGUGGUGGAAUAGCAGAAGAGCCCAGUACCAGUACAGCAGGGACAUCAGCAAGUAGACCGCCUCCACAGGAUGAAGUGCGAGCUCCAAUUCCACAAAAGCAAGAAAUCCUGGUGGAACCUGAACCUUUGUUUGGGGCUCCUAAACGACGACGACCUGCACGCUCCAUAUUUGAUGGAUUCAGAGACUUCCAGACUGAAACAAUCAGACAGGAGCAGGAGCUGCGAAAUGGUGGUCCGGUGGACAAGAAGCUGACCACUCUGGCAGACCUCUUCAGACCACCCAUAGACCUAAUGCACAAAGGCAGCUUUGAAACGGCAAAGGAGUCGGGACAGCUGCAGAACAAGUGGUUAAUGGUAAACAUUCAAAAUGUGCAAGACUUUGCUUGCCAGUGUUUGAAUCGUGAUGUUUGGAGCAAUGAGGCUGUGAAAACCAUCAUUCGAGAGCAUUUCAUCUUUUGGCAGGUAUACCAUGACAGUGAAGAAGGACAACGAUACGUCCAGUUCUAUCAGCUCUCAGACUUCCCUUAUGUGUCUAUACUAGAUCCCCGCACUGGUCAAAAGCUAGUUGAGUGGCGCAACUUGGAUGUGAAUUCCUUCUUGGAACAGGUGACGGGGUUUUUAACAGAACAUGGUCUGUUAGAUGGACUUUCCUGUAGCCCACCAAAGAAACGUCUGCGUUCAGAGAGUUUAAUUGAUGCCAGCGAAGAUAGCCAGCUAGAAGCAGCAAUCAAGGCAUCUCUACAAGAGACGCACUAUGAGUCAUCUAGCCCAGAGAAUGAAGAUCAGUCAGAUGAGGAGUCGGAAGCAGAAGCAUUCUCGGAUAGUGAAGGGUUCAUCUCAAUCAAUGGAUCGGAUGAAGAACGGGAAGAGGAAAGUAGCACAAAAAAGAAACCGUCACCCCGCAAGGAUGUGAGCUGUAAACAGCCUCGUGUUGAAUUAACUGAAAGGACUGAGACAGGGAAAGACACUGGUUUAGAAUUUUCCUACAAGGACAUGCCUGAGAAAAUUCAAUCAGGGGGAGACGCAGCAACCUCAACAAAGCAGCAGGAGAUAGACACAGCAGAGUAUUUUGAUACCAGUGGACCAAAGGCAAGUCUGAUGCUGCGAUAUCCGAAUGGACAAAGGGAACAGAUUGCACUCCCAGCUCAAGCAAAACUACUGGCACUGGUAAAACACAUCCAGUCGAAGGGAUAUCCAAAUGAGCGGUUUGAGCUGGUUACCAACUUCCCACGCAGAAAGCUUUCGCACUUGGACUAUGAAAUUACACUGCAGGAAGCUGGGCUGUGCCCUCAGGAAACUGUCUUUGUUCAGGAGAGAAAUUAACUUGGGGAGUUCAAAAGAUUUUAUACAAAUAUUGGAAGACCUGGCCUGUUGGAAAUGGUGAUAACCUGGCUUCAGCCAGAACAAAGGAAAAUACAUGUCUUCACCUUUUACUGGACCUACUGAGGCCACUGACCUGUGAAGAAAGUUUGAGAUCCACACUCAUUUCUUAAUACUUUUUGAUUCCCAAAAGAAGAACCCUUUUUACUGGACCAGAGAACACUGAAUGUGAUUUUUUUUUUUGUUAAAUACCUACCAUUCUCUGCUUGAACUGUUACCUUUGACUGUGUCAAGCAAUAGCACCCUUAAUUUUCUACAAUAUCUGGUCUUGGCAAUGCUAUUGAGUUGCCAUAACCAAAAUUCACAGGAGUACUACUCUCUGUGGAUACCAGGAGGAAGCAUUCCCCCACCAAGGCCAGACGACAACACCAAACGCUGGGGAAACAGGAAAUGGGAUAAGACCAACUGUCGUCUGAAAAGAUUUGACUUUGUCUCUUGGUAGUGUUACUUAUUUAGGCUGUAAGUACGUGGUAGGAAUUUGCUGUUGUUCACUAUGAUGUAUCUUCGAUUGCCCUAAUGCCAUCAGACAACCCAAAUUACAGGCCUGUGUUUGAAAUUAAUGAGCCAUAUUAUGGGCGGGAAGGUUUACAGCAUUAUCUGGUAAUCACCUGGUGCAUCUAAUGUCGGAGGUGAGAAGCCUCCAAUCAUCCUUUACUCAGCUCUUUGAAGCACGAGAGUUGCUGUGGAAUAAUUGCUUUGAUAGGUGAAGCACACCAUUCCGAGAAGGUCAGCACAGUUCCUGAACAAAUUCUUUAGGGAACCCCAAGACAAAUCAGGCCACUUGGCAGAAGGGAUGAGUCCUAUCCAUAAUUCAUGGAAUCCCUCACAUUGACAGCAAGAUUAGCUCUGAGGGAUUCUAAACAGCUGCAUAAUUCCAUGCAGUGUUGAGAACUAAGUGAUUGACGCUGGGUAUAAGCACAUUGAUUUCGAGGAAUUCGGCACAGUUCCUGAAUUUCUUGAAGAUCCUGCUCAUGGUUCUGUUGUGUGUGAUGGCAGAAGCUUGAGGGAUUGUAUGAGGCACCCCAGGAUCUAGAGCUCCUGACAGUAAAAUCAGGUGAGAUAUUUGAUUUGUAUAGAUCCAGGAUCCUUCAUGCUAAGCUCAGUGAGAUCCUAUACAGAAACCCACACAACAAGAAUGGUUCGAGAUCCAUUUGAGCCUUUGAUCAUAACAGAUGAUGGGGAUGAGGGAGGGUGGGGAGGAGAGACGGACAGUUGAAGCACAGUUCCUGGGUUCAAAACCCCCAGCAGUAAAGAACAUGGAGGAAUUUUCCACCACAAAGCAAGAGUGGAGUGUAGCAUAUUGGGAGUGAGUAUAUUGGUAUGUCCUGCAGGGGGUGAUCAGUGUUUCACAAUCCUGUUCACUCUUCCUGAUCAGCCCCAGAGUGCCUGAUAGAGGAGGUGGGGAUUUGACAUACAGUUCAAUGAUCGUGUCUUCUCUGGCAAAUUUUUAUCACAGUUGGAGACCCCAGGUGUAUGUGUGAGGCUUUGUCUGUUCAGAGUAUGAAUCAUAUUGGGAAGAUUGUGUGUCUGUUUGUAUGGGGUGGGGAGGGGUUGGGUGGGAAGGGGGAGGAAUGGAUUGUGUAUGGGACAGCGAGUAUAUUAAUGUACACUUUGGAGAUGGGAAAUGACCAGACAUCUAGGCAAACACUUGGGAAUUCAGGGAACAUUGGGAAUGGGUUGUUUCAGGGAAGGUAGAUAACAAUGAGAAGAGGUAUGAGAAUAUUGGUCAGGUAAUGGUAAAUGGGUUGUGUGCAUGAGGAAAGGAUGCAUAUGGUGGGUAUAUCUUUAGGGGGGGAGAAAGCCAUGUUGGAACAGACUGCACUGCCAUGUCUAGUUAGGUGUGAUGAGCAGUGUUUCAUAGCAUUUUUUUUUUCCAGUAUUGGUUUUUCCAGUGAAGGUUUUUGAUACCCCUGUGAUUUAUCAGCUGGAGAGUAUGUGUACUGUAUUUAUGUUCCACACUGGGCAAAAGAAGUUGUGCAUUCUGCUGGCAGUGACCAACAUUAAAGGGAGUCCAAAUCCAUGAAAAUAAGUACAAAUAGAAGAAAAAUAGCCACUUCAAGUCCCCAGUUAAUAUAGGGCAAUAUUUAAAAUAUAUAAUAAACAUGGCGAUAUUGUGACUGCAAGAGAUCAUUGAUCUGCUAUUCGUUUGAUUGCAAGUUGAUCAACAAACUAUUCCAUUUUGCAUUUUGGCCACUUAUUUUAAAGACCCACCGCUGCCUUGUAUUUGGGCUGUAACUGUAUCGGAUUGAGAAGUAUGAUCCUGCCCAGAAUCCCCAUCUUGUAACUGUCCAAGAAAGCAGUGUUAUGUGAAAAGGGUGCAGUGAAACGCUGCAUCUCCCAGAUCCUGGACUCAAAUCUUCAACCAAAACUCUACAAAAUAUAAAAUCAUGUCUUGUAAUGUCAUUACUUAUUGGUUUUAUACUGCUUCAGUUAUUGUUCAAUGUUUUUGAAAUGUGAAGAUGUACCCCUCGAUAGGUUCUGCCGGCUGGCUGGGCAAGAUCUUCAGAUCAGACAAGUCCCCAUACAUCUGACCAAGUGAAUCAGUAAACUGCUGAGUAAUAUGAAGAGAACAUUGCAGAAUUGCAUCAACCAGUGUCACAUUUUGUAACCUCAAUCAAUAAAAUUUAUAGUUUGCUUUUUAA